UGUGAUGUGUUUGACUUAAAUUAAAUUGGAAAAAAUAUUGUAUUAAUUUUUUUAAUGAAAAUUAUAAAAAAACAAGAUGGAAAGAAAUGAGCAUGAUUGGAUAGUCGAGUGUUCUGACGAUGAAAAGUAUGAAAAUGAUCCGAAGAACGGAUGGAUACAUAAGGCUGAAGAUAUAGUCUCACUUAUUGAAGGUUUAGAGAGCAACAAUCGUAUUUUAGAACUGGAAUGGAAAUGUCCAGGCAGACGAGAAGCUUCUCCUAUCACAGUAAAUAACCACCAGCAGGAUACACCAAAUGAAUUCAAACCAAAGGAGAAAUCAGACUUUGAUUUCAUGGAUGAAAUGUCAUCUCCGAGGCUACCAGUACGAAGAAGUGGAGAAAGUACUCCAAAGGGAAGUGCCAAGAAAAAAACAGCAAGUUUCAAUGGUGUGUUGUCAACAAUGUUGCGCCAUCGUAGGUUAGAACAGCAAGAAAUCAGUGACAGUCCUAAAAAGACAAAGUCUAAUUCUCCAGGAGUAAAGCAGGCAAAUUGAGAGCACAGUGUAGUUCCUCAAGAGUAGCAAAACUGCUCGAGUGAAAAAGUAAACAAGCGAAUCUAAGUGCUUACAGUCUACAAUGGAGAUCAAAGACUAUAAUUAUCUGUACAAGGUAUUGCUGGCUAUCCUCUGUGAGGAUGAAUCUUGUUUAUACAAUAAGAUCUAGUUUCUUAGUCAAGUUUAUAUAAGCCCAUGCAAUAUUUGUAAAUACUUAUCCAUUAAGACUUUAUUCCAAGCUUACUUACAACAUGCAUUAUUUACUC